GUGCUUAUGUCAUUUUCAUGUCAAUGUGUUUUGGUGGCUUUUGAAAUUUUAACCGUGGUACAUUUUCAUUUGUAUUAAUUUAUAUUUCAUUUUUAUAAAUUUAAUAAAAAUAAAACAAAAAUGGGCAAAAUAAAGACCGAAGUUGAGGAUACUGAAGAUUUCAAAAACGUUUCCAUCAAAGAAGAAGGAACUUAUGAAGACAAAUUAAAGUAUGUGAGUCCCAUAUCCAAGCCAAUGGCAUCAAAGAAACUUGCUAAGAAAUGCUACAAACUUAUUAAAAAAGCAAUGGCACAUAAAACAUACAUCCGUAAUGGACUCAAAGAUGUUCAGACAAGAAUAAGGAAAGGUGAAACUGGAAUUGUAAUCUUUGCUGGAGAUGUAACACCCAUUGACAUCAUGUGCCAUUUGCCUGCCGUAUGCGAAGAGAAAGGUAUUCCCUACACUUACACCCCGAGUCGAGCGGAUUUGGGAGCUGCUAUGGGUGUUAAGCGCGGAACUGUAGCUUUGUUGGUUCGGGAAAAUGCUGAAUAUCAAGACUUGUAUGAUGAACUCAAAGCCGACUUUGAAGCGCUUCCGAUACCCUCAUAAUUAUUUUUUUUUUUUUCAAAUAGCAAUAAAAUUAAGCAUUUUUUGUAUACAAUUUCUAACAUAGAACAUGUCAUAAUGAAUGUAUAUUUUUUAAAAGAAAUAAACUUUCAAAAGAUAAAAGUU